AUGACAUAUUUAUUCGAUAUCCCUGCCUAUUUCAUUCUUUUACGAGAAACUCUUGAGGUCACGAUAAUUCUUGCCGUACUGCUUGGGUUCAUUGAUAUACUUGUCCCAGAAAAGGAUGCAGCAAUAAAAAAAACUUUUAAACGUCAAAUUUGGAUCGGUGCAGCUGCUGGCUUGGCUCUUUCUAUUGUAAUUGGUAGUGUUUUUAUAGCUGUUUUUUAUACUGUUGCAAAAAAUUUAUGGGAAGAAAACGAACCAGCAUGGGGUAUGACCAGAGUUCAGCAAUGGAGAAAAAAAUGGGAAAGAAAACUUGAAAAAGCAACUGAAAGUUACUUGGAAAAGCAUAAAACUGGCAAUAAAUGGGCUUUGAUUUUGUUACCAUUCACUGUUGUAUGUCGUGAAGCUGUUGAAACCUUUGUAUUCAUAGGAGGUAUUGGAUUCAAUAAACCUGCAUCAGGACUACCAAUUCCAGUAAUUCUUGGACUUUUGUCAGGGUUUGUUAUUGGGUGGAUCAUUUACAAAGGAGCUCACAAAGUAUCAAUAAAUAUAUUUUUUACAGCUACUACAGUAUUUCUUCUUUUUGUGGCAGCUGGAAUGUUUUCAACUUCAGUCCAUAAAUUUCAACAAGCAACUGGAUCACAUGAAACAGUGUUAUGGCAUACAACAUGUUGUGAUACAAAUAAUGCAUUCUGGUCAAUUAUGCAAGCAAUAUUUGGAUGGCGUGAAAAAGCAACACUUGGUACAACAAUUGGUUAUUUCAGCUAUUGGGCAUGCGUGAUUGUUGCGGUUACGUCAAUUUUUUAUUUUGGCAAGAAAAGUGACGAAGAAUUGGAGGAGGAUAAGAUCGUAAAGUCUAAAUUUGAGGACCCACCCUCGAAGAACGAUGAUGCAUAUUACAAUGAGAAUUCUGAACUGAUACAAGAUCAAAGAAAUGACGAGAAUACUAACAAUAGCAAAAGAGCUGAGAUCAUUGAAGUAAAUAAUAAUGGAAAUAUUAACAAUGAAGAAAGAAAUGAGAUUGUUGAUGUUGUGCAAGAAAACAUAACAAUAUCAACAAAUAGAACAUAUAGAACAUAUAGAAUACAUAAUCAUCAUCGAAAUGAUCAUAACACUCUGUCUCAAAAUUAUAGUAUCACAGAUAUCACAACUGAUGAAAGAGAUGAUACAGAUAAUGCCUCAGGUGAGAUUGAAGGUAAUGAUUAUAAUGUCUCAAAUGAAAUAGUUGAUGAGGAAGCAACUGAUGGAAGAGAUGAUACAGAUAAUGUCUCAGAUGAAAUAGUUGAUGAAGAAGAAAGCAUAGAAAGAAGAAUAUUAGAAAAUUCAAAACAAAAAUGGUCACUCCAAGAAGAAAAUCUUCUUUUGAAUUUUAUUUUGAGGAAAAGUAUCAAUGCUAAAAAACUCAAAGAAUCAGGAUUAUAUAGAACCAGUUCUGCAAUAUCAAACAAGGCUCGAGAAAUCAAGUGA